AUGGUGAAAAUGUCUGGAAUAUAUUGGAAUUUCCUUUGCUUGGCUCUGGGCCUCAUCAUGGGCAUUGGACUGGCAUUGAUCUUCGAGUUUUUCGAGACUUCCAAUGUGGAUUUAGAAAGGCAAAACCAAGGCGAUACUACUCCUCAAAACCCCAUGGAGGAUGUCCUAGCCAAUAGGCUUCACAAUGAGACCAGGAUACUAUGCAUGGUGCUAACGAUACCGGAAAACCACGAAACCAAGGCUGCCGCAGUGAAAAGGACCUGGGGCAGGCGCUGCAAUAAGCUUAUCUUCAUCAGCAGCCAGGAGGACAAGGAACUAGGUGCCAUUAAUGUGCACAUUCUCGAAAAACGAAGAUAUGUUUUUAGGAAAGUAAGAAAGGCCAUAAAGUACGUGUACCAGAACUUUGUAGAGGAUUACGACUGGUUUCUCAGAGCAGAUGAUGACAGUUUUGUUAUAAUGGAGAAUCUGCAUCUUUUGCUUUAUCCCUACAAUCCUGAGUUUGCUCUUUACUUUGGCCACCGAUGCCACUCCUCCUCUUGGCAAGGUAAAAAAUGCGAAGGAGCUAGCUAUGUUAUGAGUCGAGAGGCAUUACGGCGGCUUCAUCGCUUACCCCGGAAUAUAUAUAAAUUAUAUUUCCCAAGUUUAUUACCCGAAGAGGAACAGUUGGCCUUCUGCAUGCGGCAAGUGGGUGCUGUGGCAGGUCACUCUCGCGAUGAGGAAGGUCAUGAUCGAUUUCUGUCCUUGGCUCUACCUGAUAAGAUGCCUAAAAUAAAGGAUAUGUUAUCCUAUAACAAUGUCGAAGGUUUUGGUUCGAAAUUUGGAAUAAGCAUUCAUCAAGUGAAGAGCCACGAUGUGAUGGAGUUUCUUUUGUAUAGACUAAUAGUGUUUGGAGCUCCUCCAAUGUCUAGAUUGCUGCCACCUAAACUAGAAUUAGAGCAAAUGGAGAAACUGAUGACGCUCUGGGCUUUGGGAAACCAAACAGAUCUUAACCCGACAUUGAGGACAUACUUAAACAGUGAUUAUCAAACUGCUUGGAAGAAUCAAACAUCAAAAAAAGAGAUUUUAAAGUCUUAAAUGAUUUAAUUUUAUAAAAGGGAA